AUGAAACGCAGCUAUCUCAUCUCAUACGUAUUAGUCUUGAUAUAUGAUGAUGUUCGUAUUAUCAUAAUAUCCGACUAAAGACAUUUUAGACGUAGCAUCUAUCUUUGUAAAAGCAUCACAAUUACAACGUCGUAGUUCUUAUCUAUGUUAUUGAAGCGCCUACUCUAUGGACUAAAGCUAUGUUUAAUAACACCCAUCUAUGCCGGUGCUAAGCUUGCAAAAGAGCUUUGGAAUAGCUUGAACAAGAAGUAUCAAGCUGAAUAUGCCGACACGAAGAAGUUCAUUGUCGGGAAGAUGCUGGACUACAAGAUGGUCGACAGAAAAUCUGUUGUCGCCCAAGCUGAAGAGCUUACGGUCAUCUUCAAUAAAUGCAAUGAAGAGAAAGUAGGCGUCAGUGAAGAAUUCCAAGUGGCAGCCAUCAUCCAAAAACUUCCUCGGUCGUGGGAAGACUUCCAAGCCGACCUCAAGCUCAAAAGAACGGAGCUGAACUUGGAGCAACUGCUCACGCAGUUAAGGAUCUGAGAGGAAGGGCUUGCCAGAAGAGGUGGAGGGGCAAAGGCCAAUGUGGUAGAACAUCCGUCGGGCUCUUCACAUGGCGGAAAGGACAAAAAGAAAAUAGGUCCUAAAGGAUUGUUUAUAAAAUAUCCCCCCCACCCACCCUCUUCAUCGCGUUCUAAUGUCGAGAUUCCUACAUCAUCAGUGAGAGCGUCUGGACUGGAUACUU